AUGCUUUUACCAAAUUUAAAGAAAACGGUCUCAAGUUCGAGUUGGACUCAAAAGAUCGCUACUAGUGUUCUUGAACAAGGUCCUAUUCCCAAGCACAUUGCAUUUAUUAUGGACGGCAAUCGGCGAUUCUCAAGAAGACACGGAAUUGAGAUCAAAGAAGGUCACCUCCUUGGCGGGGUAGCACUUGAACGGGCAACUUGCUAUGAUGUCGGUGUCGAAACCGUGACAGUCUACGCAUUUAGCAUCGAGAACUUUAAGCGACCCACCGAACAAGUUGAUGCGAUAUGGAGUAUAUUGCGAGAGAUGACCAAAGUAGACUCCAGCUUGCGGGCUCUUCUCAAGUCCUGCGGAGCUAGACUUGGGGUAUUAGGUCGCCUAGACCUGUUGCCUGAGGAUGUCAGAGAAUCGAUUGAGGCGAUGGUCGAUGACGCUCAAGAUCGCACACAAAAAGUGUUUAAUGUAUGUGUGGCAUAUACAUCACAAGAUGAGAUGACCAGAGCAGUCAGAAAGAGCGUUACAGACUAUUAUCAAGCGAGAACAACUGGGAGAUUGUCCUCGGACCAGUGCAUCACAUCGCAAAUGCUCACGGAUCGGAUGGACACAGCGCGAGAUUUACCUGUUGAUCUCCUGGUUCGGACGUCGGGUGUGUAUCGCUUGAGUGAUUUCCUACUAUGGCAGUGCCAUCAAGAUACCGAUAUUCAAAUCAUGGAUAUUCUUUGGCCAGACCUUGAGUUCUAUGACUUGUGGAUUGUGAUAUUGAAAUGGCAAAGAACAGCUAUCGCUAGAGGGAAAAGCCUUUCGAGCCUUUCACCU